AUGCGAUUCUCGACUUCUUCACUCCUGCUGGCGGCGACCACUCUGCUGGGAACCGCAGUGGCACACAACAUCCAGCUUGCGGCCCAUGGCAGGGAGUGCUUCCACGAGAUGCUCCACAAGGACGAUAAGAUGACGGUCACAUUCCAAGUUGGAGACAGAGAGUUUGGCAGUGCUGGAAAUCUGCAAAUAGACUUUUGGAUUCAAAACCCAGCCGGGGGAUUCGAGGUCCAACAACUGGCGGUAAUGAAUGGGGACCACUCUUUCACAGCUCAACACGACGGAAAAUACAUCUACUGCUUCAGUAAUGAUCACUGGUCGGCGUCAAGCAAGGAUGUAUCUUUUAAUGUCCACGGAAUAGUUUACGUCCCCGAAGCAGAUGCCCCAUCUGAUCCAUUGGAGUUAGAAGUACGCCACCUAUCCGAGCUUCUCUCCCAAGUAAGAGACGAACAAUCGUACAUCGUCCUCCGCGAGAGGACCCACCGAAAUACCGCAGAGAGCACCAACGCCAGAGUCAAGUGGUGGAGCUUAUUUCAGAUGGGCGUCUUGGUCGGUGAGGGUAUCUUCCAGGUCUGGUGGUUAAAACGCUUCUUCGAGGUAGGCACGAACAGUCAAACGGGUGGUCUAGAUGCUUCAGCGACUGGGAUUUACGACUCACUGGGCGGCGUAACAGCAUUUGGGAACGGUAUAACGUUCGGUACGAUCAAAUCCAAGGCUACGUAG